AUGGAGAAUCUGCCUCAAGAUGGUGAAGUCCAAGGAGGCAAUGGUCCAAGAGUUGAUCCUUUUAGACCACAGCGCCAGCCACAACAUCCACAGCGCCAAGCCCCUGUGGAGAACAACAACUUCGAGAUCAAGUCAGGACUGCUCAACACUAUAGAGAACAACAAGUAUCAUGGUCUAGCUGCUGAGGACCCUUUUGAUCACUUGUACAAGUUUGAUCAGUACUGUGGCUUGUCCAAGACUAAUGGUACUCUUCCAAGUGACACAGUCACUACUUGGGAAGAUUGCAAGAGAGCUUUCCUAGAAAAGUUCUUCUCUACUUCAAGGACAGCUAAGAUCAGAAACGAAAUCUCCGGGUUUCAACAAAAAGGUCUAGAGAGCUUCAGUGAAGCAUGGGAGAGGUUCAAGGGCUAUUGGUCUCAAUGUCCCCAUCAUGGUUUCAGCAAGGAGAGUUUGCUAAGCACUUUCUAUAGAGGAGCUUUACCACAGUGCAGAAACAGGCUUGAUACUGCAAGCAAUGGUUUCUUCUUGGGGAGGACUGAAGAAGAAGCAGAGGAACUGGUGGAGAACAUGGCUAAGAGCGACUCCGUCUAUAGCGAGGAGCAUGAUAGGGUCAACAGAAAUGAUGAUCACCAGACAAAGAAAGAGAUCAAGUCCUUGCAGGAGAAGAUGGACUUGCUUCUUUCUAACCAAGCUAAACAAGAGCAGGUCAACUUUGUGGGUGGUCCUAUUCAAGAGGUUCCUCCUAAGAUUAAUGAGGUUGAUGGUUUGGAAGGACAAGAAGAGCUGUGCUUCAUCAAUAACAAUGGUUCUUGGUACAGGAAGGAGCCUAACUUUCAGUACAACAACUACCAACAAAAGUCCUACUCAAACAACCAGCAAGGAGGAUACCAGCAGAGGCAAAACACUCACCAAGGGAACUAUCAGCCUAGGCAAAACACCCCUCCUGAUUUCAAUAAUACCAACAAUCAGUCUACUCAAGCUCAAGGAAGUUCUUCACAAGCUCCAACUUCAGAUACAAGUGUGGAUGCAAUGUUCAAGAAACUUUUGGAUUUUCAGGCCAAGAAUGAGAAGACAAUGGGUUAUGAGUUCACGAAAAUUCACUCCAAGAUCGAUGGAAGCUACAAUGAGCUCAACAACAAGAUCCGACAUUUGGAGAAUCAGUUUGCUUCCAUGAACUCUCAGCCAAGUCGCCAACAAGGGGCAUUACCUGGAAAGCCAGAGCAAAAUCCCAAGGAAACAAUGAAAGCCAUCACCCUUAGGAGUGGAAAACAGCUACCACCAAGAACUCUCAUUAGGGAUAAUGAGAAGCAAGAUGGGGAGGUAGUCAUCAAUGUGGAUGAUGAUGUGGUUAUUAUGGAUGAGAAAACCAAUGAGGAGAUCUUGGAGAAAAUAGUUGAAGCAAAAGGAAAGGGUAAAAUUGGAGAUGAUGCUUGA